AUGGGUCGACGAAAGUCCAAGCGCGCAGAGAUCAAGACCAAGAAGGCCGGUCCUGGCCUCGAGACCCAGUUCAGCUGCCCCUUCUGCAACCACGAGCGCGCAGUCCAAGUCAAGAUUGAUUUGCAACAUAGCACUGCUCAAGCCAAGUGCAACUCGUGCACAGAGUCGUUCUCAUCCACACAAGUCAACUACCUGACGCAACCUGUCGAUGUCUUCCAUGAGUGGAUUGAUGCUUGCGAAGCUGCCAACGCUGGGAAAUCCAUAAAUACAAAAUCAAUGCAUCCGCAGCUCUAA